GUGCUUCUGCGCAUGCGCGAGUCGACAGCCAUGUCACCCUAUGCCUCCGUCCGCGUCUGAGGAACAUUUUUGCCUCCGUCCGCUUCUUGUCCUGCCCUGCCCCGCCCCGCCCCGCCUGCCCCGGGUCGGGUCCGCGGGAGACGGAGGGCUCGGCUUGGGGAUCGGCGGUCUAAGGGCUGCCUCCCCGCCACUCCCUGCCCGGACCCCGCGCCCGGGGCCUCCCGCCGCCGCGGCGCCGCCUCAGAGAGCCCGGGUCAGCUGCCCUUGCGGCCGCGGCUGGUCCCAAACUCACUGAAUCGAGGACUCUGGUGUGGGUUCAGAAAUCGGCGUGAUUCUGAUGCGGGCGAGAGUUGGAGAACCAAUGUCGUAGUUCAUCAGCCUCCGAAAGCAUCCUUUGCUCUCUUUCCAGAAAGGAAGAGCAUCUCUGCCAUUCGGAUCUCAAGGACAAGCGCCUCAGCCUCGUUCUCUGUGAGCUGAUCUGUGGAUCGCGGCGUGUUGGGGGACAUGGAGGAAGAAAGAAAAACUGCUGAGUUACAGAAAAAUAGGAUACAGGAUUCAGUAGUCUUUGAGGAUGUGGCUGUGGACUUUACUCAGGAGGAAUGGGCUUUGCUGGAUCUUGCUCAGAGGAACCUCUACAGAGAUGUGAUGCUGGAAAACUUCCAGAACCUGGCCUCACUAGGGUAUCCGCUACACACACCCCAUCUGAUCUCCCAGUGGGAACAAGAGGAGGACCUGCAGACAGUGAAGAGAGAAUUUAUCCAGGGCAUCUUUAUGGGAGAGCACCAGGAAGGUUUUGAGACUCAACUUAAAACUAAUGAAUCAGUUGCUUCACAAGAUAUUUGUGGAGAAAAAAUAUCCAAUGAACAGAAAAUAGUAAGAUUCAAAAGGAAUGAUUCCUGGUUCUCCAGUUUACAUGAAAACCAGGAGUCCUGUGGUAUUGAUUAUCAGAACAAAAGCCAUGAGAGACAUUUGAGAAAUCAUAUGGUAGAGAACAUCUAUGAAUGUUGUGAAGAAAAUCAAGGUGGACAGACUUUCAGCCAAGUUCCAAAUCUUGAUUCACUCAAGAGAAAUACUGAAGUUAAAUCCUAUGAAUGCCAUGAGUGUGGAAAGGCCUUCGUGGAUCAUUCAUCCCUUAAGAAUCACAUCAGGUCUCAUACUGGAAGCAAACCCUAUCAGUGCAAGGAAUGUGGGAAGGCCUUCCAUUUUCUUGCUUGUUUCAAGAAGCAUAUGAAAACCCCCACUGAAGAGAAGCCCUAUGAAUGUAAGGAAUGUACCAAAGCCUUCAGCUGUUCCUCAUUCUUUAGGGCACAUAUGAAGAUUCACAUCGGAAAGACAAACUAUGAAUGUAAAGAAUGUGGGAAAGGUUUUAGUUGUUCCUCAUCGCUCACAGAACACAAAAGAAUUCAUAGUGGAGAUAAGCCUUAUGAAUGUAAGGAAUGUGGGAAGGCCUUCAGUUGUUCCUCCUCACUCUCCAAACACAAAAGAAUUCACAGUGGAGAUAAGCCAUAUGAAUGUAAGGAAUGUGGGAAGGCCUUUAGCUCUUCCUCUCACCUUAUAAUACAUAUAAGAAUUCACACUGGAGAGAAGCCUUAUGAAUGUAAAGAGUGUGGGAAGGCCUUCAGCGAGUCCUCAAAACUCACUGUACAUGUGAGGACACAUACUGGAGAGAAACCCUAUAAAUGUAAGGAAUGUGGGAAAGCCUACAAUUGUCCCUCCUCCUUAAGUAUCCAUAUGAGAAAACACACUGGAGAAAAACCGUAUGAAUGUCUGGAAUGUGGAAAGGCCUUCUAUCUUCCCACUUCCCUUAACACACAUGUGAAAAAUCAAAGUCGAGAGAAACCCUAUGAAUGUAAGGAAUGUGGGAAGGCCUUUAGUUGUCCCUCGUCCUUUAGAGCACAUGUGAGAGAUCACACUGGAAAGAUACAGUAUGAAUGUAAGGAGUGUGGGAAGACGUUCAGUCGUUCCUCAUCCCUCACCGAACACCUAAGAACUCACAGCGGAGAGAAGCCGUAUGAAUGUAAGGAAUGUGGGAAAGCCUUUAUUAGUUCCUCCCACCUUACAGUACAUAUCAGAACUCACACUGGAGAGAAACCCUAUGAAUGUAAGAAAUGUGGGAAAGCCUUUAUUUAUCCCUCAGCUCUUAGGAUCCACAUGAGAACGCACACUGGGGAAAAACCCUAUGAAUGUAAGGAAUGCGGGAAAGCAUUUCGUCAUUCUUCAUACCUUACUGUACAUGCAAGAAUGCACACUGGAGAGAAACCCUUUGAAUGUCUGGAAUGUGGAAAAGCCUUCAGUUGUCCCUCGUCCUUUCGAAGGCAUGUGAGAAGCCACACUGGAGAGAAACCCUAUGAAUGUAAGGAAUGUGGGAAAGCCUUUGUUUGUCCUGCCUACUUUCGAAGGCAUGUGAAAACUCACACUAGAGAAAACAUAUAAAUGUAAGGCAUAUGGGAAUGUCUGCAAACCUUCAGAUCCUAGGCAACGUGUGAGAUCUCAUACUGUGGAGACACCCUAUGAAUGUAAGGAAGUAGGAAAUUGUUGCUCAUCGUUUUGAAGAUUUGAGGACACUUUAGAGAAACCCUGUGUAUGUAAAGCAUGUGCUGAAGCCUUUAUGAACAUUGCUUAUUAUGUAUAAGAAAAUUCGUAUUAGAAAUGAAGAUCAGUGCCUCAUCCUUAAAGUAGACUGCUGGCUCGUUGAUUGCCAGUGUUUUCCGAUAGGAACAUUUAAGGUGAUAAAUUUACCUUUUCAGCUCUAGACACAUACUUUUUAGUAUGAGGUGCUUUAAUUUUGGUUCUGAUGUAAAUAUGAUUUCCAUUACAAAAUCUUUUGGAUCAUGGAGGAUAUGAAAUAUUUUUUCUGUAUAGGCAAGAGUGGUCUUUUUUUUAAAAAAAGUGGUUUCUAAUUAAUGUUCAUUGUUCCUUAAAUGGGUAGUCGUUAUAAUAUUGACACUGGUUUUUGUUGAUGUUUUGUUUUUAGUCUACAUGGAUAAUGUAGACUUGCCCACUCAAUAUUUUUCUUCGUAUUCUUUUUUGCUAAGAGAUGUUAGAGUUUCUGAGAUGAUCAAUUUUUAUUAUUAAAAGCUUUUAUUGUCUAGUGAGUAAUUUCAGCAGAAAUUAAUUUAAUAUACUAUUUUUAUAUUUCGUGCUUUGUCCUUGCUCGUAGCUGGGAAUUGGAUCCAGUGUUUUGAGUGUCAAAAUUGUGUUACAUUAACUACAUUUCCCAGAAUCACUUUUUUCUCCAGUUCUAGGUUGAACUUGUCUAAAAUAACAGUUUGUAUGAGAUGUGGAAGGCAUAAGGGAAAAAAAACCAUUAUGCUAUGUUUAGUGGGGCCAUCAGGCAGAGAGACAGACGUAUAAAGGUCAGGUGACCUCUAGUUUUCAGCUCAUUUUUCUGACUGUUGGACUCACUGAUCAAUAUUUGCUCAAAACUGAAUGCUAUAGCCAGGAGUGAUGGUGCAUACCUGUGGUCCCAGCUACUCAGGGGGCUGAGGCUGGAGAAUCACUUGAGCCCAGGAGUUUGAGGCUGCAGUGAACUCUGAUCAUGCCACUGCACUCCAGCCUGAGUGACAGAGUGAGACCCUUUCUCAAAAACAAAACAAAACGAAAUAAAAAACCAAACAUUAAAUGCUUGCUUGACUUCAGUGUCCUCCAAGGCAGCAUCUCUACAGCUAUCACCAUAUACAGCUUCUUGGAUUUUCUAGCAAGCUCUGGCAUUGCCAUUUUGCUUAUGUUGCAGUCUUUCUUACACAGUCCAAUCGCAUCAUGUCGCACUAUUCAUGGGGAAAGAUAUUUUUGCAAGUCUCAAAAGCAAGAGCUGUGGAGAGUGAGGGAAGUUACCCUUGGUAAUUGAGGUAAGCAUCCACAGGGUGUCAUCCUGUUUUAAUGGAGGAGGAUUGAUACUUGACACCUUUAAACAGGAAAGAUUUUACUGCUUUUUUUUUUUUUAAUAUAAGAAGAUGAAUUGCUUCAGGUACCUUUAGCUACAGUAUUAUAUUUUCCCUUUAAAAGUAUAAUCUACUACUAUGAUAUUUUCCCUCCUAUUGUAUUUUCCCUUUAAAAGUAUAACUCUACUAUUUCCCCUUAAUCACUUUUUAUUUUAUUAUACGUACGCUAACAUGCAUGAAGUGUGCUAAUCUUCAAUGUACAGCUUAAUGACAUUUCAUGUAUGUAUAUGUCCUGGUAAACAGAGAACAUUUCCAAGACUUUAGGAAGUUCCUUCAUCCUCUUUCUCAGUGAUUAAUUACUCCACAGGGCAACCACAAUUUUAACUCUUACUAUAAUUGACUUCGUGUGCUUGUUCUUGAUUUUCAUCUAAAUGUUAAAAUACAAUAUGUACAGUUA